AUGUUCCUGGCUGUUGUAUGCUGCUUGCUGUGGUGGCUCCACAUCUCUGCUGGCCACUUCCCUCGAGCCUGUGCCUCCUCCCAGAGCCUGAUGGAGAAGCAGUGCUGCCCGGUCUGGGAAGGUGAUGGCAGCCCCUGUGGCCAGCGCUCGGGCCGAGGGUACUGCGAGGGCAUUCUUCUGUCCAACGCACCUCUCGGGCCUCAAUUCCCCUUCCGAGGUGUGGAUGACCGAGAGUCGUGGCCAUCUGUGUUUUACAACAGGACUUGUCAAUGCUCUGGCAACUUCAUGGGAUUCAACUGUGGAAACUGUAGAUUUGGAUUUGGAGGACCAAACUGCACAGAGAAGAGACUGUUGGUGAGGAAAAGCAUCUUUGAGUUAAGCGUUUCGGAGAAGGAGAAAUUUCUUGCCUAUCUCACUUUAGCAAAGCAUACCAUCAGCCCAGACUUUGUCAUCCCCAUAGGAACCUAUGGCCAAAUGAAAAACGGAUCCGCACCCAUGUUCAAAGACAUCAGCAUUUAUGACCUCUUCGUCUGGAUGCAUUACUAUGUGUCAAUGGACACGUUCCUUGGGGGAUCUGAAAUCUGGACAGACAUUGAUUUUGCCCACGAAGCACCAGGUUUCCUGCCUUGGCACAGACUGUUCUUGCUGCUGUGGGAACAAGAAAUCCAAAAGCUGACUGGAGACGAGAAUUUCAGCAUUCCCUACUGGGACUGGAGGGAUGCAAAAGACUGUGAUAUUUGCACCGAUGAAUACAUGGGAGGUAGCCACCCUGCAAACCCCAACCUCCUCAGCCCAGUGUCCUUCUUUUCCUCUUGGCAGAUUGUGUGCAGCCGACUAGAGGAGUACAACAGCCGUCAAGUUUUAUGUGAUGGAACUCCAGAGGGACCCAUCCUUCGCAACCCUGGAAACCAUGACAAAUCUAAGACCCCAAGGCUCCCCUCUUCAGCCGAUGUGGAAUUUUGCCUCAGUUUGACACAGUAUGAAACUGGCUCCAUGGAUAAAGCUGCCAAUUUCAGCUUUAGAAACACAUUGGAAGGAUUUGCUAAUCCACUGACUGGGAUAGCAGAUGCCUCUCAGAGCAGCAUGCAUAAUGCCUUGCACAUGUAUAUGAAUGGAACAAUGUCCAAGGUACAGGGAUCAGCCAAUGACCCCAUUUUUCUGCUACACCAUGCAUUUGUUGACAGGCUUCCUCUCCACUCUUCUCCCCUGGGCUACCUGGCUAAGAAGGCUGCCCUGAUCUUCAUGCUCUCAAACCAGCUGCCUUUCCAACUUGGCAGCACAGAAAUAGUACAGGAAGAAGGGUGCCAGCAAGGCACAUCCCCUGGGCUUCAGGAAUGA